AUGGGAAUGGUGAUGGAGAGGCAGCAGUUGCUGCUGCUCAACCUCAGAAUGGAGAAGUUGCUCCCCAACCUCCGAAUGCCCCACUUAUCAUUGAUGAGGAGGUAA